CCGGUAGCUCACGUUUCUCUUUCUUCCUGUCGGGCUGGAAAGAUGGCGUCCCGCAAGGAAGGCGCGGGCUCUACCGCCGCCUCUUCCAGCGCUGCCUCAGGCGCGGUCGGGAAAGGCAAAGGCAAAGGCGGCUCUGGAGACUCGGCCGUGAAGCAAGUGCAGAUAGACGGCUUGGUAGUAUUAAAGAUAAUCAAACACUAUCAAGAAGAAGGACAAGGAACCGAGGUGGUUCAAGGAGUGCUUUUGGGCUUGGUUGUAGAAGAUCGACUUGAAAUUACCAAUUGCUUCCCUUUCCCCCAGCACACAGAGGAUGACGCCGAGUUUGAUGAAGUCCAGUAUCAGAUGGAAAUGAUGCGCAGCCUUCGCCACGUGAACAUCGACCAUCUCCACGUGGGCUGGUACCAGUCCACCUACUAUGCCUCGUUCGUUACCCGGGCGCUGCUGGACUCUCAGUUCAGCUACCAGCACGCCAUUGAAGAGUCGGUCGUUCUCAUUUACGAUCCCAUAAAAACUGCGCAAGGGUCUCUCUCACUGAAGGCAUACAGACUGACUCCUAAACUGAUGGAAGUUUGUAAAGAGAAGGAUUUUUCCCCUGAAGCGUUGAAAAAGGCAAAUACCACCUUUGAGCACAUGUUUGAAGAAGUGCCGAUAGUAAUUAAAAACUCACAUCUGAUCAACGUCCUGAUGUGGGAGCUGGAGAAGAAGUCAGCUGUGGCGGAUAAGCACGAGCUGCUCAGUCUCGCUAGCAGCAAUCAUCUGGGGAAGAAUCUGCAGUUGCUGAUGGACAGAGUGGAUGAAAUGAGCCAAGACAUAGUCAAGUACAACACAUACAUGCGGAAUACUAGCAAACAGCAGCAGCAGAAACAUCAGUACCAGCAGCGUCGCCAGCAGGAAAAUAUGCAGCGCCAGAGUCGAGGAGAACCCCCGCUCCCUGAGGAGGACCUGUCCAAACUCUUCAAGCCACACCAGGCCCCUGCGAGGAUGGAUUCGCUGCUCGUUGCAGGCCAGAUUAAUACUUACUGCCAGAACAUCAAAGAGUUCACCGCCCAGAACUUAGGCAAGCUCUUCAUGGCUCAGGCUCUUCAAGAGUACAACAGCUAAGACAGGACAUUUCCAGA